GCGAGCGGGGCGCGGUCCGGGAGCGGGGUUUUUAUCGAGCUUGGUCGUUACGUUGUAUUUUUGCAAUUGUGGAGUCUAUUAAUUCUAUUGACAUGUAUUCGACCGAAAAGCUUAUAUUAUUAGUUCAAUCAUAUCCGUGUUUAUAUAAUCCACGACUUAGAGAUUUUAAAAACGGUCUAAAGAAGGAGAUGAUUUGGGAAAAGAUUGCAAAGGAAUUGAAUCAAAAUCGUCACGUAACGAAAGUCAAGUGGAAGAAUUUAAAAGAUGGCUAUACUAAGUACAAAAAACAAAUUAAAGGUGCAACGGGUAAGGGUCAAUCAAAAAAGUACUUUAAUUGGGUUUGGGGACCCUAUUUGGAAUUUCUGGAUGCCACUUCACAACCCCGAUCGACAACAUCGAACGCCAGAAGAAAUUCAGGUGAAACUAAUUCUCCACCAAGAUCUCCGAUUAACACGCAAGUUGCAAAUUCAAAAGAUGAGUUGCCAUCACCAUCCCCAUCAAUAACCAUCAACCGGGAGAUAUCUCAUCCACUGCCAGACAUAUCUUCGCCUGAGAUACCUUCGCUAAUACCUCCAACAACAAUACAAUUGGACUCCCAAGGCGACGUGGAUAAAGUUCUGAAUUAUUUAAAUAAUAAACAAAAAUAUGACGCCGUUGACUACCUAUUUAUUAGUUACGCAGAAACUUUUAAAAAACUGCAACCCAGAACUCAAGCCGAAGUCAAGUUGAAACUGGCACACAUUUUUGCAGAAGCCGAACUGAAAGAACUUGAAGAAAAUCAAAUUUCAGUAACGCCUAUACAAUCCCCUUCAUGUACUUUUAUAGUGAAGUCAGAAAAUUGAUUUGAUGCACCAGUAUAGUGACUAAUUAGCAAAAUAUCAAGAAAUAACAAAACCGAAAUGUUUCAAGGAGACUGUGCGACAUUGUAUCGUCCAUGAUAUACAACUGGACUUCCCGAAAAUUCACGGAUGCGUCCUCUUUCACUUGAAAAAUACAAGAUAGCAGAAGAUUAAUUUUUAAGGAUGCAAGAGAUGGAAUAUGCGGGCCCAGUAAAAAGCAGCUUAGUGCCAAAGAAAAGUACGGGAGAACUUUCCACGAGUAAACGCAAUCACAAAACUGAAUAAAUAUUCCAUACCACGCAUUCAAUACUGCAUACAUAUUAGAAGGAAAUAUAUUUACAGGUUUGUAUUUUAAAAAAGUAUAACAUAAUAUACGGGUAGCGGUAGAAGACAUUGAAAAGACUGCGAUAAUUACUCGUUUUGGGUUGAGUUUACAAGGAUGACUUUUGGUCUUAGAAAUGAGGCUCAGACUUUCCAAACAUUUGCAAAUGAUAUAUUUCGCGAUUUGCUUUUCCCGUUGUACCGCGUUUGCGUGGCCUGACUUAUGAAUGGUCCACAUUGAACUUGGCUGAACUAACAUUGUCGAUGUCAAACUAAUUGUAGUCGAAAAUUGAUGCUCGACCCCUUUAUUCUUCAUCUGUUAGGUUUGUAUCGCAAAUUUGAACUUCUGAAACGAUCUUUCCACUUGGAUUUUACUAUUUGUUCCUUGGUCAAAAGUUGAUGGAGUAGACGAGUGCACAUCAACCAUUCUCGUAGUGGUAGAGUAUUGACUUAAAUAUGGUUGAUUUUUUAAAUAAAUUUUGUAAUAACUAAUAAUCUUUAAUGUAGUAUUAAAAAACCGACCUCAAGUAAGUUUAAAUAUAGAUAGUUAAUUAAAGUACCUACUAGUGUUGUGGCAAUUAGUGUACUCAAAACAAUAAACAAAACUUCUUGAAAUAUAAAUCACCCCUUGUCCGCUAAAAAAAUUUGAUUUUUAAUUAAAAUUUUUGAUUUACUUCUACCUUAUACCUUUUAUAUAAAGUGCAACACCUCUGCAACCACAGACAUAAAUAUAGCUCAUCUAGAUAUGUCUGUGACUGCAACACAGACAGCAUCUGUAGGUAUAAUUUGGUGUUUGGCACUUCGUUGGCGAUUGCGCAGCUAGCAAAGAACUAUAGUAAAUAAAAUCAGCAAUGCUGAUUCUUCAUCAUUUUUGUGCACAUUACUGUUAAUUGUAUAAUUAAUCACU